AUGUCCCGAAAUGAAGCCUUCCAGUUCUUGUGUGAAUGGGUAAGUAUUUUCCUGUCUGUCUCCACAUAUUCAGGCUUCCAAAACCCACCCAGGGAACGAUGAAUUCAAUCCGGAAAGCAUUGUGGACGGCAAAUUAGUCGCAGAACUACUUUAUUCUUUGUAAGUUCUUACCUGAUUACUACUUUUCUUUCAACCUAGGCGGUUGAACACAGUCUUUUCAGAUGCGAAAAGGUGUUUACGAUGUCGUUUGUAGAAGAAGUGCAUGAUUGUGAGAUUGACGAGUUUGGAUCAACUGCCGGACGUCUGCAUUUAAUUCAAAAACAGGUAUCCUAUUAUUUCACUGCAAUCUACAAGAAAGAUCCCACUCAAAAGAUUACAUUGUUUCCGAGAGUAUCUGAUCUCUGUAAGCUACUUCGAUUUUGUUUUUAUAUUAUUUUAGGUAACAAAGAUGAAUCAGCCCUCCUCAAUUUGAUGUUUAUAAUUUCGUUUAUCUCCGUUUCGCAGGAAGAUCUCAGCAAGUUGACAUUUCAUUACUAUUUGUCUUUUUAGCAUCAAAGAAUUUUGUAGACUUACUGGAAAGUAAAGGCAGAACACUACGCCGAAGAAUUCGCCGGAUGGAAGCAAAUCUCGAUGAAUUCUUGACAGGAGAGACUGAACCUGAAGAAGACGUAUGUUUAUCCUUUAAUUUGACUUUCGUUUCCAUGACGGCUCGUUUUAGCCAUAUGACUUUAUAUUAUACUUGACCUCUUAUUUUCAGGUUUGCGCGCUAAAGGACAGAAAUAACGACCUAAACAACCAAUUGAAUGUCGUCAUGAAUGAGGUGAGUCUUGGAUUACGAUUGUCUGAGUUUUUAGUUAACUAAAUUGAGGAACAAUGAGAUCUUAUUGGCCGAUGAUCUGAAACGGUCCCAAAAUCAGCUAAAUAAUCUGAUCGAAGAGAAAGAAAAGAGUCUAGAACGUCGUUCUUUGGAUGAGAAGUUUAUGUCGGAUUGUGUGCACGCCAAAGAAGACAUGAUACGCUCGUUGGAAGAGAAGAUUCAAGAGCUGGAACAGUUAUUGGAUGAACGGGAUGUUCAGUUGGUAGGUAAAUAUCUUGACAUUAUUGGAGAAUGUCUUGGAUAUAAAUGAUUUUUCGCCUUGCAGACCGACUUAGAAGCUGAGCUGUCCUCACUCCGCGAUUCGUACGAACGAGACACCAAAAGUUAUGAAGAAAUUAGAGAACAGACGGAACGAGAAUUGGCCAAAUUGAAAAACGACCAAGAAAAAGCGAGAACUGGCAGCCCGGAUCAAGCAAUUAUGACAGAUUUGAGGACUCGAAAUGAUAAUCUCACAGAGAGAAAUGCAAUUCUAGAGAUGAAAGUGAAGCUUUUAGAAGAUCAGCGGGAAGAAAUUGAAGGAAUCCAGAGACUUUUGGCUCAAAAAACAAAAGAAAAUGAACAAUUACAGGAGAGAUUUGAACAAAUUAGAGAACAGAACGACACACUAAAGGAGGAGAAUGAGAGAUUACGCGAAAAGACGGAGGAAUUGGAGAGAAGUGAGGUCGUUUUGACCAAUGAUUUGAAUAAUACCAAGGAGAAGAUGGAGAAGGAAAUUCAAGAAAUGAGAGAAUCAACAGAAAGAAGCCGACUUCAAAGUCAAUUGGUAGAGACUAUGGGAAGUGAAGAGGAUAUUGUAGUUCAAAGGUGUGUAUUUUAUACACUUUUUAUUAAAACUUUAGGAGCAGUUGGUCAAAGAAUUAUUUAAAAAUUGAUUUUUGACGGAAGGUAGAUUAUGUUUGUGAUGGGAUGUUGACAAUUGAUGAUAAGGUCAUUUUGCUCUGAGAUUUUACUAUUGCAGUGUUAUGAUUUUUAAUUUUAGAACAUCUGGUCCAGCCAGACCAAGUGCAACAUCGCCCAGGCCAACAUCCGAUCCCAAGAUCCUCCAAAGAAUUUCCAAUUUCAUCUCCAGUCUGUUUGUCUGGCUGUUCUCAUUCCUCUUCCUUAUCUCCAUCUUCGCCAUAGUCAGAUAUGGAUGGUGUUCGUAUAACAAUGAACCUUUUACCUUAUUUGGAGAAGUCCGAUUGAAUGGAAGGAUCUGCAGGUUAUAUCCAGAUGUGUGCCUCUUCACUCAGCUAAUGAAACGACCGAUUGAAGAGUUUUGA